AAGAAGUAAAUGGGUCAUGGCACACUUAACAAAAAGACAACAGGCAGAUACAAAAGCUAUCUAGCAUCUUUGGGCAUCCAUUGAGAUCAUAAGGAACCAGAAGCAAAUCGCCAACAUUGACCAUAUUACAAGUUGCUAUCCUGGUUUACUCCCCAAAUGCUGGCAACGGCUGGCAGUGUCGGGGUAGCGUGGGCGUCGUGGGAGAGCGGGGAUGCGCAGUUCGUCUGCGGGCAGCAGAGAAGGAUGCUGUGGCGGUAGCGGCGACUCUGGGGAAGUGUCUGGCGGUCAGUGAAGAAAUGCAGAGAGGGACAACGGUGAUGACCAUAAAGAAGAGAAAGUGAACUGGCCGAUGCUCCCGGUAGAUGUGAAACACCUGCAGCAGCAACAUGAUGAGCUUCAGCAAAGACAGUCUAAAUCAGAAGCAUCCCUGGAAGAUAUGGCGUGUUUUUACUAUAAGUUGAACAAUAAGACAAAGGAUAUAAUGGAUGAGUUAGGUGAAAUCAACAGAAAAUUCCAGGAAGCAGCAGCACUACACCAAGAAGAGGUACAAAAUGUGAGGAAGUUACAAGAUCACCUUGAACACUAUAAUGCAAGGCUUAAAUAUGAAAAUUCAGUAUUAAAAGAUACCAUCAAAAUUCAAGCAAACAGAAUUGAAGAGCAACAGAAGUACCUGAUAAGACCAAGUUCAUUCCAAGAAGCAGAAGCUCUACACCUAGAAGUGGUACCAAAGGUGCAGAAGUCUCAAAAUCACCUGGCACACCAUAAUUCAAGGACUGCUCUGCACUGGGCCUGUGCAAAAGGCCAUCAAGAUGUGGUAGCUCUGCUUAUAAGCAGAGCAUGUCAAAUUGAUCGGCAAGAUAAAAGGGCUGCAACACCGCUAAUAAAGGCUGUACAGUGUUGCACUGAGUACUGCACUACACUGUUACUGGAUCAUGGUGCUGAUCCAAAUAGUGCAGAUGAAAUUGGCAACACUGCUCUCCACUAUGUGGCCUAUGGAGAAAACGUAAGAAUGGCCGAAAAGCUGCUUUCCAGCAAUGCAGACAUUGAAAAAAAAAAUAAGACUGGCCUCACACCACUUUUAGUGGCUAUUCAACAAAACCAAGAAAGUAUGGUUAAAUUUUUAAUAUUACAGAAUGCAGAUGUUUUCGCAAUUGAUAAGCUACACAGAACAUCCCUCAUGUUUGCAGCACGGUAUAGUACGGAAAACAUAGUACACAUUCUUCUUGAACUAGGGGUUGAUGUGCUUUCUGAAGACCUUGCUGGACAUUCUGCUAGGGAUCAUGCUCUUCAAAAACGUAAUAUGCUUUUGGAAAUACCUGAUGUUAAUCAUGAACUGAUUGCAUCAUAUGAGAAAGGCCUCAUUUCAUUUGCCAAGAAAGACUUAAUAAUUCCAGGAUGUACAAGUGCCAUCAUUCACAGUGCACCAGAAGAGCAACCCAAGAACGACAGAAUAACUCGUGUUCAUGGAGUCCAUGAAGAUAACAAGUGUGGAGCAGAAGAUGAAGCUAAAGAAUCAACUUCGGACCCUGAGGAAGGAACGUCAACUGUAGCGGGUAAGAAGAGUAAAAAACAUGUUGCCAUCACUCAAGUUGCUCCACUAGAGACAAUUAAUAAAUAUGGGAAGGACUCUGAUCAUGGAUUGGACAAAGAUAACAAACAUAGUGAGUGCAUAUCUAUCAAAACUUAA